UUACGCUUCAGUUUCUGUACGGAGCUGGACGGUUGUGUAAUUGAUUUUUUUUAAAAUAAUUUUUCCUCAAUCUCGUAAUGGAAAAUUCUGCAAAAAUGGACAAUUCUGGCAAUUCAACACCGCUGCCACAGCGCCAAGCCAGAGCUAAUAAUCAACCGAAUAAAAAUAUCGGCAAACACGGCCCACAGAAGCAAAAUGAAAGUGCCUCAGACGGUGGCCCAGCAGAAAAACGGCAACGUUUUGGCCCGAGCAAUCAGAAUGGUGGCGGUGGUAGCGUCGGCGGAGGUGGAGGUGGAGGUGUUGGUGGCGGCGGCGGAGGUGGCCAAAAUCAAAAUAAAAAUUUCGCAAACAAGGGUGGAUUUGGCGGAGGUGGAAAUCGCAGCCGCAAUCGUGGCGGCAAUCAAAAUAGGUCGAAUUUUCAAAAUCAGAAUCAAAACCAAAAGUCCACAACAGAUGCACCAAAAGCGGACGGAGGAAAUCUCAAUGACAAAUCUAACGAAGCUAACAAUGCAAAUCAAUCCAAUUCAAAUUCAGCUGCCCAAGCCCAGGCACAACUUCAAGCGCAGGCCCAAGCUCAUGCCCAGGCUCAAGCUCAAGCUCAUGCUCAGGCCCAAGCUCAGGCCCAGGCCCAGGCUCAAGCUCAAGCUCAUGCGCAUGCUCAAAAUCAGGCAUUUAGGGCUCGCGGCGGCGGCGGUGGUGGUGGAGGUGGUGGUGGUGGCGGCGGCGGAGGUGGAGGAGGACGCGAUAGGAAUCGCGGAUCGCGUGGUGGUGGCGGCGGAGGACAAAACUCUGGCGGCGGUAAUAAUUCGCAGCGCGGCGAUGACUUCUUUAUAGCCCAACGGUUACGCAGCAUUAGUGGUCCCACACAUGAGCUACCACCGAUCGAAGUCGCCCAGGAGACCAAGUUCUCUGGACGCAAUCGUCUCUAUGUUGGCAAUUUGACCAAUGACAUUACCGAUGAGGAGUUGCGCGAAAUGUUUAAGCCGUACGGCGAAAUAGGCGAGAUAUUUUCCAAUCUUGAAAAGAACUUUACAUUCCUUAAGGUUGACUAUCAUAUUAAUGCCGAAAAGGCCAAGCGCGCCUUAGACGGUUCAAUGCGCAAGGGUCGCCAGCUUCGCGUCCGUUUUGCCCCCAACGCAACCAUCUUGCGUGUUAGCAAUCUGACACCGUUCGUGUCAAACGAGCUACUCUACAAGUCCUUUGAAAUAUUUGGGCCCAUUGAGCGGGCCAGUAUUACAGUCGACGAUCGUGGCAAGCAUUUGGGCGAGGGGACCGUUGAGUUUGCCAAAAAGUCAUCGGCCAGCGCCUGUCUGCGCUUGUGCAAUGAGAAAUGCUUCUUUUUAACGGCCUCGUUGCGUCCGUGCUUGGUGGAGCCGAUGGAUGUUAACGAUGACAACGACGGAUUGCCCGAGAAGGCCCUCAAUAAGAAGCUGCAAGAGUUCAAUCAGGAGCGCAGCGUUGGGCCCCGUUUCGCCGAUCUAAAUUCAUUUGAGCACGAGUACGGCUCCAGAUGGAAACAGUUGCAUGAUCUAUUCAAAAGCAAGCAAGAUGCUCUCAAGCGUGAGCUCAAAAUGGAAGAAGAAAAACUUGAUGCUCAGAUGGAGUAUGCUCGCUAUGAGCAAGAAACAGAGCUUUUGCGUCAAGAAUUAAGAAAACGCGAAUCUGAUAAUGAGCGCAAGAAACUGGAAUGGGAAAUGCGCGAGAAACAGGCCGAGGAGAUGCGCAAACGCGAGGAGGAAACCAUGCGUCGUCACCAGACCGAAAUGCAGAGCCGUAUGGUGCGCCAGGAGGAGGAUAUGCGUCGUCGUCAGCAGGAGAACACAUUAUUUAUGCAGGCCCAGCAGCUAAACUCGCUGCUUGAUCAACAGGAAGGCUUCGGCGGUGGCAACAGCGGUGGCGGCGGCGGCGGUGGUGGUGGCGGUGGUGUCGGCGGCGGCGGCAAUUCAAACUUUGAUAACUUCGGAGGCAAUAGCAACUCCCCGUUCGAAGUGUUCAGAGGUAAUAACAACUCGUCCAUGGCUGGCAACAAUGCCGGACCCGGUGCAAACAACCAGCAGCAGGACUCCUUCGCUGCUUUUGAAUUUGGGGUUAACAAUAUGAACCAAGGCGGCAAUCAACGUGGAAAUAAUGGCGGAAAUAAUGUUCCAUGGGGACGACGUCGUUUUUAGACAGCCGAUAUAAUGCAUGGACCAGUAUGGAUAAUACGUAAAUCGACAGAUUGCAUUGAUUUACGUAGUACACUCGACACAUUUCACUUAUUUUAGUGAAAAUUCAUUGCAAAACAUUACAAAACAAAAAGAGAGAAAACAAAACAAGAAAACUUAUGGAACAUACAUAAUCUAAUACAAUCUAUAAUCAACUGCUGCACCCAAAACUUUUAUGAUUUGAUUUAAUUAUUUGUCAAAUAUGUCAUCGUCAAGUCCUUUUAAUAAAGAAUCAUACAUAAAAGUAAAACCGAGUGCAAGACAAAACGCCGCCAUGAAUGGAAAGCAAGAAUAAAAUACUUAUUUUAUCCGGGCGACAAGUGAAAUUUAACCAGUACAUAGAAUCUAACAUUUAAAUAUGAAUCAUUUUUAGUAGCUUCUAUAUGUAAAACAUAAUUUCUUUAGUAUAUUUUUUCUCUUUGUAUUAUUCUUAAAAUGCAUCCAUGUCUUGAUCAUAUUUAUCUAAAAUAUAAGUAUAUGCGAUGUAUAUAUACAAAGAUAAUCUAAUCUUCUCCAAUGUUAUGUACAUCAAUCAAUUAUGGUGAGUAUGGUACGGGACUCGCAAAGCUAGGGCUUGAGCGGAGAGGGGAAUCUUUAUAGACACAUAUUUAUAAAUAUAUAUCUGUACGAUCUGAAGAUAUUUAAACUUGUGUUGGCUGGGGCUCCAUAUUUUUUAUUUUUUUUUCUGGCUUAUUUCAGUAUGGAUUUGAUCUUUAUUACAAUUAUGUUUCGUCUAUUUUUUUUUUGCCAAAGUCCUGUUUCACUUUAUUACUUAUAUAUAUUUCUAUAUUAUUAAAUCGCAGCAAUUUGCGAUCCAAUUACUUAAAGACAAUAAGUAAAUGAUAACAUAAUCAGAAUUAUGUUGAUAAAUGCUUUAUGUAUAUUUUCUUGGGGGUGUUUCGAAAAGACUGUAAAUUCAAUUGGGAAAUUUACCAAAUCGACACGAAAAGUCACCCUAAUGGUACUUUAAAAAAUCUUAAAAAACACUCUAUAUACCAAGCAAUAUGAAAACGGUUGGAAGAAUCUCAUAUAGAAUACAAAUUAGCAGCAAAAUCGAAGCGGACUUUGAAUAUUUCAAUAAUUGUAUAUUACCUGAAAUAUUCAUAAUUGCAGCUAAUUUUUAACAGAUCAAAUUUGAAAAUUGUUGGCACGAACAUUGUUCGUUCUUUAAAAUUUCGUCGUCAAUUUAAAUAUAAUAAGAUUUUUAUAAAUUUUCUGUGGCAGCAGCAAGUAGCAAAGCCAUCGUCUUUUUGGAACGAUUUAUUGUUGGGAAUAUCGGCGUGAUUUUUUGAUUAUAAAGCUCAAAGGUUUUCAUGUUCAUGAUAUUCUAUAUAUAAGAGCUAUGAAAAUAAGGACUUGAGCAUUGAACGGGUAUGAAAAUGAAAAUGAUGGGAAUAUAUUAUCUAUGGCUUAUCGGGCAAAUAACUUUUGGUGGGAAAUUACGAAUAUGCAACAAUGUAAGUUUCUUUUUUACGAUAAAGUUCGGAGCAAGUAUUCCAACAGAGAACUGGGCAUUAACGCUCUCUAUAAAUAUGAUGUGAAACUGUACAAAGCGUUCGCUACAACAGAGAAGGGGUGUACACAUUCCACCAAAAAGAAAAAAUUAUUACUUGGAGUCAAUAUAGCCGACUAGAAAAAGGUAUGUACGGUUCGCAAUUCUUAUGUGCCACAAAUAAACACGGGGCUUAGCCGGGAGUGCUGAGAUAUUAUGUGAACCGUGUGUGUGUGCGUGUUCAUGUGUGUCUAGAAACGUUUGAAUGAAUUCAUUUGUUUUUACCCUUGCAGAGGGUCCUCAAAGUAUUUGGAACCCCUUAAGAAUAUGUAUUUAUGCACAAGCAUCCAAGUCUUUAUAUGCAUAUAUUUCUGUUGUCUGUUUAAUCUCAGUAUUUGAAUACUGUACUUAACAUUAUAAACACUCAAAAAAAAAAGAAACGCGCAUACGAUCAAGUCCGAGUGCCACAAGGAGUGUGAGUAGUACUCCACAAAGUACAGAACAGACGAGUAUGGGUGAAUUCUGAUGAGUAUUUAAAAUUGAUUCGGUUUAAAUACGGAAUGCCAAUUUUUUUUGUUUUACAUGAAACGAACUUCAAGCCGCAUUAGUUGAAUAAAGCAGAGCCGAAUCCAAGCCUGAAGCGAACAAUAUUUUUGAAAAUAAUGGUUAAUUCCAAAGCUGGUUAGUUUUUGACAUUGCGCUCGCAAUAGUUAUAGUGUUCCGAAUAUGAAGAAUCAACUAGGUUUUGAUAAGUAAAUUAAAUAGUAAUUGGAAAACAUGGAAAGGUUCGAUUCACAAUUUGCCUCAUAGAUGUGGAACCCAACCGAGGAAUUGGUUCGAGCUAUGGACCGAACCUUUGAAAAUAGGUUUGUUGCACCUUUAUUAAAAACUACACUAUAUAUCUUUAUAUCUUUAAGAUUGGAAAAUCGGCUUAAAUCCUCCAAAAUCUUGUUCGUUUCAUAUCCUCGUCUUUCCACAUCAAUUCCGAAAAUUUGUCUGGAGUCUGCAAGGGUAUUUCAUUUUCGGCAGGCCGAACAUCUGAAUUUCUUUCUAGUUCAAAACGUAGUUUUCUUUUUGCAGAUGUUUGUCGCGUAACUCGCACACAACGCUUUCAGCGGAAUAAUACGAUAAUAAAAAUAUUGCAGUUCUAGUCCCAAGUAUUUGUUAUUGCAAACACGAACAAUGUGAGUUCGCAGUAGAAUUUCUACUUAAUUCAAUGUAAAAAAAAACCAAACAUUUGCUUGGGGUAGUGAAUACUAUUACCUAGUGAAUAACAUUGAUGUGUUUAUAAAAGCUAUCACGCAUAAAUUUCUCCAGCUUCUCAAGUGACUUUCCAUAUAUUUGCAUGCGUAUAAAAUGUAUGCAGGCAUCUAUUUUUGGUAACCUCCAUAUAUGUAUAUAUUUAUAACCUACCUAAUUUGAAUUACAGUUGCGUACUUGAUUUCGUCUCUACUUGUGAAUUAUGCAGCAUAUUGAAAACAAAAUAGACAUUUUGUCACUUUAUCGAAGAGAUAUGGUAAAAAUAUCUUGGUUUUUAAGCUGACUCCUAUACAAUUUCUCAAUAAUGGAUUACGAUGGGGAAAACGUUUAAAUAUAAUCAAUUUUGAAAUAAGAAUUCGUGCAUUAUAUACUAAAAGUAUCAAUUACUAUUGAUGUACAUUGAGAACUUCAAAGUGUGAUCAUCUAUUUGUAAAUCCUGGAUUUCGGAACUACAAACAAUUAAACACAAGUGAAUUUCGAGCGGAUUCGGAAUUUGGCAUCCUUAUCUUCUUCAUCAACACAAACUAUUACGAUAUAUCCAAAGCAAGUAUUAUAACCCAUCAUGGCGACUGAUCCGUCUAUCCCAGAUUUGUAUAAUUCCAAAACUAAUCGCUAUUUACCGCACAAAUAUACUUAUGUGAAUAUUAAGUAUGCACCUCCAAACAUCUGAGCUAAACGCAAGCAAUUGGGUUUUUAAAAAAUUGUCUUUUGGAAUAUGCUCUAUAUAUUUUUGAAACUCGAUUGUUAUUACUAGCAGAUGCUCCAUGGUUUUUUAAUUGUUUUAAUUGUCGUUGGAAAAUGGAAAAAUAUUGUUCUCAAUAUAUUCUCCAUGCGCUUCCUUUUUAAAUCGUUAUGGUAUAACAGUCCACACGCAUUCAACUUUAAUUAUAAUUUAUACCAUACUUUGGAAACCAUAAAGAAUGGCUUGAAAUGGAAACACCGAUCUAGACAUUGCUAUAUGAAAAGAAUGGCCAAUGAUAAAAAGCGGUUUCCGUAAACGUUUUCCGUAGACGUUUUUUCUUCCGUUUUAUUUUUAUCUUUGUCUUAAGUGGCUUUCUAAUUGAUACUAUCUCCCCCUCCCUAUCCUCUUCAACCACCACUGGUUAGGAACACACGAUCUGUCCUCUAUGAAAAGUAUCCAAGGAUUUCGAAAAACAUGCAGUUCUGCUUAUCCAGAACAUCGCCGCCAAUUGUUUGUGCUCGAUUUUCUAUUUGUAUUAUACUAAGAUUCUUGGAAUUGGCUGAUUCUACUGACAUACAUUGUUUAGUUUUAGCUGAAAACCGUUCAACAGACUGCUGAUUCUGCCGCAGUCGUAUUAAGCUGAUUAUUCUAGUUGGGUGAGCACUUUCGAUUAAUUGAUUUCUAUGUUUACAGGAACUGAAAAACGAUGGCAGGUCGCUUGGGUUGGCGAGGAUAGCCAAGACGAGCCAGGAUGGUCGUACAAACCGGAACCGCCGUGCCUUAGUGGAAAUUUUAAGUUUCAUGUUUGCUGAUGCAAACAGAAAAUUAUUGAAUCCUUCAAACAUUGAAAAUAAAACUCUGAUAUACAAAAUGAAA